ACCCGUCGCCUCUUCACCCGCACCGCACCGUUGCAGCCCGCCCACUCGCUGACUCGCUCCAGCCAGCAGCAGCAGCAGCAGCCACUGCUCGCGACGGAACAGACGACACCACCACGACGCCCGCGUCAUAAAGGCAUGGGCAUUGUCGCAGGCUAGCCACAGCGACGGGGUAGCAGCAGCAUCAGCAGCAGCAGCGGCAACAGCGACCGGCAUUGAUAGCGGCAGCUGAGGAAGGAAGAGGGCGCGCGGUCGCCGCAGGAGCGGAGCAGGGGGGGCAUGGGCUGGGCGGGCUGAGCGCUGAGCAGGAGAUGGCUGGAGAGCGACGCCCUCGGAGGCAUUAAUGGCGUCGUCCGCAUCCUCCUCCUCCUCCCCAUCCUCGCGGCCGCCGCUGAUGGCUCUCCCCUCUUUUUACCGGCCCCCUUGGCCGUCCGAGAGGGGCGGCGAGCAGCGAGCCACCGACUGUUGGGCCGGAUCCCCAGCGGCGGGAGGCGGCCGGGCGCGUGCCACCGCCAUGGGCAUCGACCUCAACAACACCGCGAGCGGCGGCGAGGAGGACGCGCCGGCGCCGGGGCCGGUGUGCCGGGAUCUGUGGCACGCGUGCGCUGGGCCGGUGGUGUCGCUGCCGCGGCGGGGCAGCGCGGUCGUGUACCUGCCGCAGGGGCACCUCUCCGCGGCCGGCGCCGGCGGCGGGAUCCGCGGGGAGGUGGCGGUUGCCCUCCCUCCCCACGUGGCGUGCCGCGUCGUGGACGUCGAGCUAUGCGCGGAUGCAGCGACGGACGAGGUGUACGCGCGACUGGCGCUGCGGGCGGAGGGCGAGGUGCAACGCUGCUUCAAUUAUCUUAUUGAUUCAUGUGCUUCCGGGAUUGGGGAUUGGAUGAGAUUCUUGGGGGCGUCAAAUGUAUUUGAGAGGAACUUGCAUGGUGGUGGAAUCGAAAGGGAGGAUGACAUGGAGGAUGGUGAUGAGGAAAGGAAGUCCAGGAUGCUGCACAUGUUCUGCAAAACACUAACGGCCUCUGAUACAAGCACACAUGGAGGGUUCUCUGUUCCUCGUCGGGCUGCUGAGGAUUGCUUUCCACCUCUGGACCACAAACAGCUAAGGCCUUCUCAAGAGCUUGUUGCCAAGGAUUUGCAUGGAGCAAAGUGGAGGUUCCGCCAUAUUUAUAGAGGUCAACCUCGCAGGCAUCUUUUAACAACUGGAUGGAGCUCCUUUGUCAAUAAAAAGAAACUGGUCUCAGGGGACGCGGUGUUAUUUCUCCGGGGUGAUGAUGGUGAGCUAAGAUUGGGUGUUCGAAGAGCUACUCAGCUUAAAAAUGAAGCGAUUUUCAAAGCUUUUAGUAGCGAAAGUUCAAAGAUGCGCACACUGUCGGCUGUGGCUGAUUCCUUGAAACAUGGAAGUGUUUUUCACAUUUGUUACAACCCAAGGGCUACUGCUUCUGAGUACGUUGUUCCAUAUUGGAAGUUCGUGAAAAGCUUCAACCAUCCAGUUUGUAUUGGAAUGAGGUUCAAGUUUCAUUUUGAGAGUGAAGAUGUUAAUGAGAGGCGUUCUGGAAUGAUUGCCGGUGUUAGUGAAGUAGACCCCAUCAGAUGGCCUGGUUCAAAGUGGAGAAGCCUUCUGGUUCGAUGGGAGGAUGCUACUGACUGCAACAGCCAAAAUAGAGUAUCUCCAUGGGAGAUUGAGAUAGUUGGUGGUUCAAUCUCUGUUGCUCAUUCUCUGUCGGCAUCCAGUUCUAAAAGAACCAAAUUAUGCCCUCAGGGCAAUUUGGACGUGCCAGCUCUGUAUGGAAAUGGUCGUCCAGACUCGGUGGAAACUGAAAAGUUCCCCAGGGUCUUGCAAGGUCAAGAAUUGAUGGGUUCUAGGACCCAUCGUGCUACUUGUUCUCCUCAGUCAAUCGACAUUACAAAAAGUAAGUCUUUUGAUGCUUGGAGAUUCCUUACUGAUACACGAAGCUGCAUGUUGGGCAGUUCAACAAGCAGACUUCCAGUGCAGUACUCUGGCUAUACCCACCAAUCUGUAAGCUUCGGUGAAUCUAUUGGAUUCCCAGAGGUCUUGCAAGGUCAAGAAAUUUCUCAGACAGUUCCUCCGUUUCAAGGAAUGUUGCCUGAUGCAUGUUCAGCGAAAAGCAGAUAUGAAUUAAAGAAUUAUGUGUGCACCCCAGCUACCAUGAAUGGACUAUCAUCUGCAAAUGAAGGAUAUUGUCUCUCCCUGUCAACUGUGCCACCUUCUCCACCUUCCAGUCUUAUGUUAUACCAAACAGGGGUACCACAGCUUGAAUUGGCAAGCAAGAACAAUGACAAAAGUGGAAAUGACAGCCAACCAGCCUUGCGACAGCACAAGUUGCUCAGUGAAACUAGCUGGGACCAGUUUAAAAUUGGAAAGGCUUCAACACCUGGGAAUGCUACUAAGCCUGGUAAUGGUGGAAGGGAGGUUGACAGAACUAGUUGCCGCCUUUUUGGUUUUUCCUUGACCGAGAAGAUUAUCCCAACAGACAAAGAUGGUGAAAAGGAAGUGAGUUAUGAAACUGAUUGCCAAAAUCCACGGAUGCUAGACUUGUUUGGGUACAAUUGCAGUACGCCUGGUGCUCUUCAUGCCCUUUGUGCUGCUCCUUUGGGAAUAUGAUGCUACUUGAGUAACUGGGAGGGAUACGUACAUGUGGAGACGCAGCCACUCCACGCUUCAUCCCAGAUGUAAACGGCAUCGGUCUGGUUAUGGUCCCACCGUUCCUGAUGCUUUGCAUGUAGGUAUUGCUGCCUCACGCCUGAAUACCUACGUGCGGUCAGGCGAAUAAAGCGACUCGAUUGUAUGUUUGACUGCAGCUCUAGCUGUCGAGUCGGAAGGGCGAUGAUGUUUAUCGUCGUUAAUGUACCAUCGGCACCCUGUUUAUGCAGAAAUGUGGACCUAAUUAUUAUGAACUUAUUUCCUUAGUUCUAUGUAUGGUUAGCUUCUGAUCUAGACCUAGUUAUGAGCCUAUUUCAGAAGUGCUAUGUAUGGUUUGCUUGUCAACAUUUGUUUCUGUAUCGGUACAAAUCACUAUGUUUGUAUGUUUAUUAUGCACUUCUUUUGUGUUUUAACAUCAGAUGCGUUCCAUA